GGCCCCGUACCAGGGUCGGAGGGCUCGGGGCGGAGCCGGCGGCGGCGGCGGGUGGCUCUUUUUUCGCUGGUGCGGGUAUGGCUCUGACUGAUGACCUCGCGGGCCUGGCCCAAAGCUAUGCACCGGCCGCGGGCGCGGAGGACGAGGUGGAGGACGACCCGGCGCAGAAGGUCGCCCUGGAAGCGUUCGGGGAGAGCGCGGAGACGCGCGCGUUGCUCGGGAGCCUGGCCGCGGUGCACGGCCGGCGCGCGGCCCGGGAGGUGGCGGAGGAGCGCUUCCGCGUAAUUAUGGAUAAAUACCAAGAACAGCCUCACCUCUUGGACCCACACCUUGAGUGGAUGAUGACCUCGUUGCUGGACAUAGUGCAGAAUGAGACGUCUCCGCCUGCCCUCGUACAUCUGGCUUUUAAAUUUCUUUACAUCAUCACCAAGGUUCGAGGAUACAAAGUAUUUCUGCGUUUAUUUCCUCAUGAGGUAGCUGAUGUUCAGUCUGUGUUAGACAUGCUCACGGGUCAGGACCCUAAAGACCACGAGACAUGGGAAACACGCUACAUGCUUUUACUGUGGCUCUCUGUGACCUGCUUGAUCCCUUUUGAUCUUUCACGCCUUGAUGGGAACCUCCUCACUCAACCUGGGGAAACACGAAUGCCCAUAAUGGACCGAAUUCUACAAAUAGCAGAGACUUACCUGGCAGUCAGCGACAAGGCACGAGAUGCAGCUGCUGUCCUGGUGUCCAAGUUUAUCGCACGUCCCGAUGUGAAGCAGAGAAAGAUGGCCAGCUUCCUGGACUGGAGCCUGUGCACCUUGGCAGGCUCCUCUUUCCAUACCAUCGAGGGGGUCAUUACUAUGGAUGGCAUGCUGCAGGCCUUGGCCCAAAUAUUUAAGCACGGAAAACGGGAAGAUUGUCUACCCUAUGCGGACACUGUUCUCCAGUGCCUUGAUGGAUGCAGACUCCCUGAGAGCAACCAAACCUUGCGGAAGCUGGGUGUGAAGCUUGUCCAGAGGCUGGGGCUGACCUUCCUGAAGCCAAAGGUGGCCACGUGGAGGUACCAGCGUGGCUGUCGGUCUUUGGCUGCCAACCUGCAGCUCUGUGCCCAGGGUAGGAGGGAGCAGAAGCUGCUGUCUGUCGGUGUAACUUCUGACGGUGACGAGGACUACGAUGUCCCAGAGGGAGUUGAGAGCAUCAUAGAGCAGCUGCUGGUUGGGUUGAAGGACAAGGAUACUGUGGUCCGAUGGUCUGCAGCCAAAGGAAUUGGUAGGAUGGCUGGAAGGCUUCCCAGAGAGCUGGCAGAUGACGUGGUGGGCUCCGUGUUGGACUGUUUCAGUUUUCAGGAGACGGAUAAGGCAUGGCAUGGUGGAUGUCUGGCGCUGGCGGAACUGGGCAGACGAGGCCUGUUGUUGCCAUCAAGACUCCCGGAGGUGGUCACGGUGAUUCUGAAGGCGCUGACGUACGAUGAGAAGCGGGGUGCCUGCAGUGUGGGCGCCAAUGUCAGGGAUGCUGCCUGCUACGUGUGCUGGGCCUUUGCACGUGCCUACGAGCCUCAGGAGCUGACACCCUUCGUGACUGCCAUUUCCAGUGCUCUGAUCAUUGCCGCUGUGUUUGACCGGAAUGUGAACUGCAGAAGAGCAGCCUCUGCUGCCUUCCAGGAGAACGUGGGGAGACAGGGCACUUUUCCUCAUGGAAUUGACAUUUUGACCGCCGCAGACUAUUUUGCAGUUGGUAACAUAUCUAACUGUUUCCUGGUUAUAAGUGUGUUCAUUGCUGGCUUCCAGGAGUAUACCAAGCCGAUGAUAGACCACCUGAUGUCCAUGAAAGUCAGCCACUGGGAUGGGGCCAUCCGAGAACUAUCUGCGAAGGCACUGCACAAUCUGACCCCACGAAUGCCUGAGUACAUUGCCACGCAUGUGUUCCCAGCACUGUUGUUGAUGACACGGAGUCCGGAUCUGCACACACGACACGGCGCCAUCCUUGCCUGUGCAGAGGUCACCUAUGCUCUGUACAAGCUGGCAGCACAGAGCAGCAGACCUAUCACAGACUAUCUGGAUGAGAAGGCAGUGCAAGGCCUGAAGCAGAUCCACCAACAGCUUCGUGAUCGUCAUCUCUACAGGGGUCUGGGAGGAGAGCUCAUGAGACAAGCAGUGUGUGUUUUAAUAGAGAACUUGUCACUUUCCAGAAUGCCUUUUAGAGGUGACACUGUGAUCGACGAUUGGCAGUGGCUGAUCAGUGACACUCUCAGAAGUCUCCACCUUGUUUCAAGCCACUCCAGGCAACAGAUCAAGGAGGCAGCUGUCUCAGCCCUGGCUGCUCUCUGCAGUGAAUACUACCGGAAGGAGCCUGGGGAGACAGGCUUUACCACUGAGCAGAAGCUGAUCCCGCAGUACCUCGCUGAGCUCCGGAGCCCAGAGGAGAUGACGCGCUGUGGCUUCUCCUCAGCCCUGGGUGCCCUCCCAGACUUCCUUCUCAGGGGCCAUCUGCAGCAGGUUCUCUCAGGUCUGAAAACAGUCACCUGCACCUCUCCCAAGGAUGUGAGCUUUGCUGAGGCCAGGAGGGACAGCUUGAAGGCAAUCUCGAGAAUUUGCCAGACUGUUGGUGUGAACUCAGAGGGACCACCUGAUGAAGUUGUAUGCAGAGAGAACAUUGCUGAGGUCUAUGCCGCUCUGCUGAACUCCAUGAGCGACUAUACCACAGACAGCAGAGGGGACGUAGGCGCCUGGGUCCGUGAGGCUGCCAUGACCAGUCUGAUGGACUUGACACUGCUGCUGGCACGGACAGAGCCAAUGCUGAUCGAGGCCCAUAUCUGCGAGCGCAUCAUGUGUUGCGUCGCCCAGCAGGCAAGUGAGAAGAUUGAUCGGUUCCGUGCUCAUGCUGCCCAUGUGUUCCUGACUCUCCUGCACUUUGACAGCCCUCCCAUCCCCCAUGUGCCCCACCGAAGAGAACUGGAAAGUCUGUUUCCCAGGUCUGAUGUGGCCUCCGUGAACUGGAAUGCACCGUCCCAGGCCUUCCCUCUCAUCACCCAGCUCCUGGGGCUGCCCACCUACCGAUACCAUGUCCUGCUGGGGCUGGCCGUGUCCGUGGGUGGCUUGACAGAGUCUACGGUCAGGCAUUCUACACAGAGCCUCUUUGAGUACAUGAAGGGGAUUCAGAAGGAUGCUCAGGCCCUGGAGAGCUUCAGUGGGACCCUCCUGCAGGUCUUUGAGGACAACCUCCUGAAUGACAGGGUAUCUGUGUCACUGCUGAAGACUCUGGACCAGAUUCUGGCCAAUGGGUGCUUCGACAUCUUCACCACCGAGGAGAACCACCCCUUUUGUGUGAAGUUGCUUGCGCUUUGUAAGGAAGAAAUCAAGAAAUCCAAAGAUAUCCAGAAACUUCAGUCAAGUAUUGCAGUGCUCUGUGGCAUGGUGCAAUUCCAUGGUGAUGUGAGAAAGAAGGUUCUUCUGCAGCUGUUCCUCCUCCUUGGCCACCCAUUCCCUGUGAUCCGGAAGACCGCAGCAAGCCAAGUGUACGAGAUGGUGCUCACCUACAGCGACGUGGCGGAUGCCGACGUACUGGAUGAGGUCAUGUCUGUGCUCAGUGACACAGCCUGGGACACAGAGCUCCCAGUUGUAAGAGGGCAGCGGGAUCGCCUGUGUGACCUCCUCGGCGUGCCCAGACCCCAGCCGGUUCUCAAGCCUGGCACAUGCUGAAGCUUUUGGCCUGCCUGGCUGGGAUGUCCUGCUCUAAGGCACCACAAGCAGCCUGUCUGACAAAGGCUGGUGCACCUGCUGCUGGACGAUGGGAGGCCAUCGCCAGAGGGCAGCGCUUCCUCCCGUGUGCUCCUAUCCGUGCUUCUACCAUUCCUUAACACAGAUGCUUCCCAUUAAAUCAUGUACCACAC